AUGUCGGCAAUCAAGGAAAAUAGUCGGCAAUCAAGAAAGAAGUCCGGAAGUAGCAAAUCGAGGAAGAAGCGGCUAAUGAAUUGUGAACCGAAUCUAGUGGGAAGUGAUUCUCUCCCUGGCGACGAUAAGGAAGGUGAAAAGGAUCCUUACGUCAUGCAUACUACCUUCGACCUAACUCGUGCGAUGAUAGAAUCUAUUACCAUGGCCCCACGCCAUCUAGAUACUGUAAGGAUUCAGUUAAAUUGUCUGGGGUACUGCUCCGUCGAACUACCGCUAGAUAAUGUCGGCCAACUUAGUGAUACAACGAGGAUAUUAGAAGAUCCCAGUUUAACCGAUUGGGCCAUGUUGCACGUUAAAGAGAAGAUAGCACGCAACAUUCGGAUACAAUUUGACACACUGCAGUGUGAGAUGUUUGCGGUGCUAAAUGGUUAUCUAGAUCUGUACUACCCUGGACGAAAUUUCGACAAUGCAGACCAGUUACGGUAUGUUUACUGUUUUCAUGCGUUGAACCACGUACUGAAAGCAGUUGGUAAAACUCAGCGUCACACCAGCAAGCUAAAGCAGUCGACCAAACCAGUAGAAUAUCGCGAUCAAGGCUUUGUGCGCCCAAAGGUGCUGAUCAUCGUACCUUUUCGAGAAUCAGCCAUGAAUUGUGUUAAUGUCUUGCGACACCUGUUCACCGGUACCGAUGUGGAGAAUGUGCUUAAUUGGAAGCGCUUUAUAGAGGAGUAUGGUGGCGAACCUAGGCGACAGUUUUCGCGCCAACAUCCAAAGCCAGCCGAUUACGAGCGUACAUUUGCUGGCAACAUUGAUGACAACUUUUCGAUCGGCAUAGCAUUUAACUGGGAAAAAAUGAGGCUGUACGCGCAGUACUACACUUCGGACUUGAUCAUUGCGUCACCGCUUGGACUUCAGCGGACACUCGGAAGAUCGGAUAUACAUGAUCGGGAUUACGAUUUUCUUGCCAAUAUAGAGCUGCUCAUUAUUGAUCAGGCAGAGGUCUGUUAUGCACAGAACUGGCACAAUGUACUACACGUCUUGGAACACUUACAUCUUCAACCGAAAAUUUUCAACCGUACUGCUUUCUCGCGUAUUCGCGAAUGGUGUCUGAAGGGCUGGAGCAAGUUUUACCGCCAGACGGUGCUACUGUCCGAGUUCGAAUUGUCCGAGUUUCGGGAGCUAUUUAACAAACACUUUCACAACUAUCGCGGCAAGGUACGAUCGACCAAAUAUGCAGCACCUGGCAGCAUGGAACACGUGAUGGUGAAUAUUCCACAAACAUUCCACCGUAUCCGGGAGGACACAGUACAAGAGACCGGCAAAGAACGAUUUGCAUACUUCGUAAAAAUGAUUCUACCCCAAGCUCGGACUGCCGCAAUGUCACACUGCAUGAUCUAUGUGCCGAACGAUUCCGAUUUCGUACGUUUGCAAAACCAUCUCAAACAGGAGAAGGACAGUUUCACGCAAAUCAGCGAAUACGCGACGCGACAUGAGAACAUUGCACGUGCUCUCGAGAUGUUCUUCAACGGCAGCAUAAACUUUCUGCUCUACUCCGAACGGGCACACUACUAUCGACGGUAUCGCAUACGAGGUGUACGUCAUCUGAUUAUAUACGCACCACCCGUUUAUCCACAAUUCUAUCCCGAGCUGAUCACUACCAUGGUCAAUGACGAUAAGGACGCGGAACAAAAGACAGUGACGAUGCUUUACGCGAAGCGUGAUGUAUACCAGCUGAGAGAAAUUUUUGGAUUCCGAAGAGCGAAAGCGAUGUUAAAGACUCCGGAAAUUGUACACCAGUUUACUUCCGACCGCCAGUGA